AUUCAAGAAUGACGUUUGUCACUCUUUGGUUGGGUAGAAAAUUCAAGAAUGGAACAUGUUGAUAAAAACCAUCGAGAACUUUGAGCAGUGAAAGCUCAAAUAUGCAGACAGAGGAUAGGAGUAUAGUCACAUAUGAAUCGAAUCCGCAACCACACGAAAUUUUACAUAUAAAAUGUUACGUUAUUCAGUUCAUUCGGGAGCAAAUAGCAAAUAUUAAAGGGAGAGCACCCACAAAGAGAGGGUCUCCUAACGAAACCAAACAAUUACCAGAAACUCCAAUAAGAGAGCACAACGAGUCCAAAGCUAUAGAAGAUUCUAGUUCACCAUGUCAACCAUGGGGAUGGCUGCAAUGGCUAUUACUCUAUUUACUGCUUCUCCUCAUGUUUUUGUACGGAGCUAUUAUUGGUGCCAAUUUUUGUCAAAAUAAACGAUACGGAUGUCAUCCAUUAUAUCCGUUUGCUGGACUUGGAAGGAAGGGGCACGAAGUUGUGUUUUAAAUAUUACAGAGCUGCUUUCAGAGCAUAAUAUUCCUCAUUUAUUAUAUCUGAAUGUAUUACAUUUUCUAUUUUAUAUUUUAUUAAACAUUCUA